GCCUGCUCUGAACCAUCUUCUUGGGUUUAUCCUUACAUAUUGCUGACAAGCAGUGCCGAGAGUGGACUGCCAUUCACCUUCCUGACACAUCGACGUGCAUACGCGAACGAACCAACAACCAACAGACGGACAAACCAACAGCCCGUCACAGCGGUUCGCAUUAAUUGACUGCCAUUGCAUUACGGCGUAGCUACGGAUACGGUACGGCACUGCACUGCACUGCAUCGCAUCGCAUUGCAUCACCAUACGAAAAUGGCAUCCGAAUUACGACGACCAAGGAUCCAGUACUCCAGACUAAGCACUUCCAAAGACGAGGUCCGUUUCUUGGAGAUUGAACCUGCAAACACAGUCAAUGACCAAGUCGUCUGUCGCCUCGUUACUCUCCCUUUAAGCCGAGACGUCGAAUUCAUCGCCAUCUCCUCAUUACUCGGCGACCCCGCAGACCAAGACAGAAUCAUUCUCGACCGAAAUCCCAUUCCCGUCCCCGUCCACAUCGCCCUCGCCCUCAAACAUGUCCGAGCCGUCUUCUACCCCGCCGUGAGCAAAUCGAGUGAGAGUCUGGGCAGGGAGAAAAGGUCACCAAAUUGGCUGAGGAGCCUUCUCAGGCAUUUCGGCGGGAGAGAGGUGGACAACAGGCCGAAGCUGCGGGUAUGGAUCGACUGCAUCUGCAUCAACUCAAUGGACUCGAGGGAGAAUUCCAAGAGCAGAGUCAUCAUGUACCACGUGUACCAGCGCGCGCAGAUGGUAGUGGGCUGGGUGGGACUCAAGAUACCGCAGACAGAUCUGGGCAUCCAGCUCAUCCAAGCAUUUGACAAUGCUAUGCCCGAGACGUGGCAAGAACCCGGCGACAAAGAGGAACAUCCUGAGAACUACUCGCCCCAUCACGAGUGGGCAAUUCCCAUUAUCCACUUAUUCGACCCUCAAAGCGACGCUGCCAUUGGAACUGCGGACUUUCUCAACAGGAACUUCUUCCACCGGCGCUGGAUCCUCGAAGAGAUGGCCAUGGCCAGGGUACCGACCUUUUUAAUUGGUGAUGCGAUUGUUUCGUGGAAACAAUUGCUACGACUGAAUCUUGCGAUGGAGGAGUUCAAGGAUCACGAGUCAAACGUCUGCCCCGCAUCUACAAGGCCCAUGAUACACGAGUUUCCAUUGGGCACGAUCCACGCGUUGUUGGAUGAGUUUGAGAAGAGGAAGAAGAUGGCAAAGAUGGAGUCACUCAACAGCACCUCUGUCACAGGAAGUGUCACCAGCGCAGACUCGAUAAGCCACCAGGAUUCGAACACGAGGUCGAUACCAUGAACAAAGUGUUACGGAGUAGAAGGGAUAUCCAUGUUUUAGCAGCUUUGAUACCGCUUGAUUUCUAGCACUUACGGACUUAGUUCACGUUUCUUAUGUUUCAAUAAAUAUACCAAUUCGUUUCUAGAACCAACAAGUGGGAUUCAGAAUGGAGCCUCGGUGAUAACGCGGACUGGAUUCAAGUCAGUUGGUUGAUCACCACUAUCAAGUGGACACAUGAAACGUUAUGGCUUGAGAUAGGGCCAUGCAGCUCAAUCGCACUCAUUCUAGUUCCCGACCAAAGAAGCUUUUCUGAAUCGUCGUCGAAACCUGUAUGAAGCGUGUUAACUAAACUCAAUAUUGAUUCCAUGCGCUACCGCGGCUACACCUUCUGAUGACACUCUGAAGGUUACAACACCGCCUGUCACGAGAGCCAGAACCUCGGUACCGCCAAGCUCAAUGUUACCAAGAUUUCCAGAAACAGGGUCGUAUUCUCAGGCCUUCCCGAUCAGCGCAAAACACUGGAGAAAGGUAACAACGGCCACUAGAACAAAAGAGGUCGAGAUACCGAAUGAAAACG